CUUAUCAUCAAUCUUGCAUGAAAGCGAUGCAGGGUUGUAGUUAUUUCAAUAGUUGGUAACACAAAAUGGAGAGAGGAAGGACUUUGGGCAUACUUGUGAUUGUUCUGUAUCACUGUACUUAUGUCUAUGCGGGAUGUGAUGAUCCAGUUCCUGGCCUUAAUGAUCUGAAUUCAAGAAGUCCUGACCUAUCAUGGAAUGGGCAAAAUAUACCAGAAAUAAGUGACCUUGAUCUUACUGAAGGCUGGUUUCACACAACAUAUAAUAGCUGGUCAUACCGGAUGACUGACUCCACAAAUAAACCAAACUACACUAACUGCAAUACCUACUGGCCAAUCUACUUACAGGAUCCGCACCCAGAUAUAGAAAGUAUGAUUCAUGACACACCCACUGAUGAGCUAACUGCUUGUUUACGUGACUACUUUUAUCCAUGCAGUAUCACAUACAAGGUUCAAAUCAGGAAAUGCAACGACAAAUUACACUACCGUUUGCAAGCAACUAAAGGUUUCUCUGGGUAUUGCUUCGAGAAACAUGAAAAGAUUGGUGAUCCAGAACCCGCACCGACAGAUGUUAAUCUUGGAACAGUCACAGUCGUACCAGAGUUGCGUUUUGACCAAAUACCAGAGCAGCGUUUUGGCAAAAAUGUCAUUCACUAUUUGCCUCACAUAGAAUUUCGUUGUGAUUUUACAAGUGAAACUGAUUAUUUCUAUACAGUCAACUGGUAUGCAGGAGGACAUGAGUUUAUACCGAGAGGACCUUCGAGAGAUAUGGAUGAUCUCACGUUACAAGAAAGUGCACUCAUUGACAAUGGUCUAGGUUUAGGAAUUACAGUUAGAUGUGGUGUUAGAGUGUCUAGCGUUGUGGAUGGAUUGAAGACUAAUAUGACAGCAAGUGCGGAUUUUUUUGCUGGGGUGAAGGUGACAAAUCGAACAGUAUACAUUGACAAAAACAGUACAGCUUUUGUUAGAAUUAAGACAACAAUUCCUCUUGGUUGCCAGUAUGAAGAUAACGUUACAUCACUGUGUACAGAAAAUCUAAAAAUAUUCGACCCAAAUCCACACAACUGCAAGGUUGGGAGUAUUACAACAAGCAGUCCGAGUAUGCCGGACAACCAGAAAUGCUCGUCCCCGUUUCAGAGUUUGACCAAAGAUCAAACGUUUGAUACGAAUGUCGAGCACCAAUUUGACAUUCAGACAACUGACCACACGUAUGAUGACAAGAGUGUGUUUAAUUUGAAACUGCAGUUCGGUCAUGAGGUAUCACAUCGCAUAUGGAAAAACUAUAUACUACAAGAUAUUCAGGUUAUUGUGGUCGACAAGUUAGAGUACAAAAACAAGAUCUGCUACUCACAUAUCGAUCCUCAUCAUAGAACAGCUGAUGGGCACUACUAUGAGAUGCAGCUAGAGGGUAUCUUUUUACUUUACAAACACAAAGGGACUAACGUAGAGGUUCAGAUAAUAACUACAAGAUGCUGGAAUAGACCGACAUGUAUUUGUGCUGUUGCAAUACGAGCAGGGAGAGAUGUUUUUAUGAUAAAUAUUUGCGGCAGUAUCAACUUUUUUGGAUUUACGCAUUGUGGCGAAGGUGGAAUAUUGCAAAUAAUUAAAGUUAAUGACAACCUUUAUAAUAUAUACACACCAACUGGUACAAAAAUAACAGUUUCACUGUUAUAUGGAUACAUUAAUGUAGAUAUUGCAAUGGCACCGAAAGACUUAAAUAACGUAGAAGGCUUAUGUGGUUAUUUUGAUAAUGACAUUUCAAACGAUUUUCGGCAUAGAGAUGGAACAACUUCUGGGCUUGAUUGGAAAGAUGAUGACUUUUCUAAUAGCUGGAGAGUUGAAGACAAAGAUAACCUGUUUCGGACGUACAGGCAACUUACAGCAUGGGUUGACGACAACAUGUUGUACUGCAUUUGCGAGGGGACUACCAAAGAAGCCGAAGCAUUCUGCUCACCCUCACAAUACUUGGACUGUGAAGUUGAUCCCUCGUCUAUAACUAAUCAGCAAUGUCUAGUAACACAGAACAGAAAGAGGAGAAGUGUCCAUUUCAAUGACGACAAAGAAUUAGAACGACUAUUAACUUUGAUGUCGCCGGUUCCAAAACAUAUUGUUAUCAAACGCCAAGUUGAAGAAACAAUUUUCACGGAAGAUGAAGCCAUGUCAUUGUGCACCGAGAAAAUCAACGGGUCACUGGCUAUGUCGUCAUACAGCGAUGUUAGUGGUAACGAAGACCCCAACGCCGUCAUUUCGCAGUGUGCUUUUGAUUUACAGACGACAAACGACAAAUCGCUAUCUGAGGUUCAUAUUGAAUCGAUGAAUACGAUAGUUAAAACCAUUAUGGAUAAGGAACCGGUUUAUGUUGCAAACAACACAGAAAAAGUGGAUAUUUUCUACGAAAAUACAUGUCCAUUAAAUUGUAGCGGCAGAGGAAAUUGUUCGAAGACAAGUGAGUGUGAAUGUGAACAGUUUCUUCAUGGUGCUGAUUGUUCAAUAGAUGAAAGGGAUCCACUGCGUAUAGACGAUAUCGAAGGUGGUGGAUUAUGUGAUGUAGCAGAUGGCGACGAAUGUACAUGCUUCUAUGUAAGAUCGGACACAAUUCUUGACGGAUUCAGUUGCAACGUUAAUACUUUUAAGAUAUCUGUAAAUGGGACAUUGACAAACGUUUCAUCAAAAACUCUCAAAGGCGGAUAUAAAGACAUAUUUACCGGUCUAUGUUGUGUUCCUGAAAAUAUUGCAGGAACGGAUGAUGUAUUUGUGUCAAAUUAUAAUGUUUCAAUAAGCAAUAACGGUGAAAAUUUUGGAAAUGAAGAAGACGUUUACGUAUUUGAUUCAACGUGCCAACAUCUGGAAGAUGAUACGCAUAGUGUUAAACAAUUUACAUUAAAGGAUGGUCAUUGCUUUAUAGAAGGUUAUUGUGUUGCUGAAAAUGAAAUGUCGUUUAGUGGUUGUUUAGCCUGCAAACCGUCUACAGCUAGGUUCAACUGGACAGAAUACAACCCCUGCCGAAACGGAGGCAACUGUAGUAGCAAAAUUGAUGGAUACACGUGUAGUUGUGUAGACGGUUAUGGAGGAAUAAACUGUGAGUUCGAAAUCGAUGAGUGUUCAUCAAGCCCAUGCCAAAAUGGUGGAAAUUGUACAGAUCUGUUCAAUGCAUACUCUUGUGAAUGUCUGAAAGGAUUUACGGGAUCAAGCUGUGAAACAAAUAUAGACGAAUGCUCAUCAAAUCCAUGUCAAAAUGGCGGAGUCUGUCUGGACCAAGUGAAUAUGUAUCAGUGUGAAUGUUCUGCUGGAUAUGAAGGAAAACAUUGUGAAAUGGAUAUUGAUGAGUGUCAGUCAAACCCAUGUCAAAAUGACGGCAGCUGUACAGAUCAUGUCAAUGGGUAUACAUGUCAAUGUGUUCCGGGAUAUUUUGGCACGAACUGUUCCAUUGAUAUAAACGAUUGUGAGUCAAACCCCUGCCAAAAUGGAGGUUCUUGUGUUGACGAAGUCAAUGGACGUCUAUGCAAUUGUAUUGCUGGGUAUAACGGCGUAAACUGUGAGCUUAAUAUAUAUGAAUGCUCAUCUAAUCCAUGCCAGAACGGCGGAAGUUGUGAAGAUCUUGUGAACGGCUACAUUUGCAAAUGUAUUCCUGGCUAUAACGGGAGUGUCUGUGAACAAGAUAUAGACGAAUGCGCAACUGCUCAGUGUCAGAAUGGAGGUACAUGUUUGGACCAGGUCAAUGGUUACAUAUGUGAAUGUGCUGCUGGAUUUAAGGGUACUGCCUGUAUGAGUGAUAUCAAUGAAUGUUCUUCUGAACCCUGCAAAAACGGCGGAUCAUGUACAGACCUUGUGGCGGACUACAGUUGCACAUGUGUUGAUGGAUAUGAAGGAACCACUUGUGAAAUAGAUAUCAAUGAAUGCUCUUCCAACCCAUGUAAGAAUGGCGGUACCUGUGAAGAUGACGUUGCGGGCUACAAAUGCAUCUGUUCCGCCGGAUAUGAGGGCUCCGUAUGUGAAACUGAUAUCAAUGAAUGUUCUUCUGAACCCUGCAAAAACGGCGGAUCAUGUACAGAUCUUGUGGCGGACUACAGUUGCACAUGUGUUGAUGGAUAUGAAGGAACCACUUGUGAAAUAGAUAUAAAUGAGUGUUCCCCAGAUCCGUGUCAAAAUGGCGGUUCUUGUGAAGAUCUUUUCGCCGAUUUCAACUGUGUUUGUGCCGCUGGAUAUGAGGGUUCCAUGUGCGAAAUUGAUAUCAAUGAAUGCUCUUCCAACCCAUGUAAGAAUGGCGGUACCUGUGAAGAUGACAUUGCGGGCUACAAAUGCAUCUGUUCUGCAGGAUAUGAGGGCUCCGUAUGUGAAACUGAUAUCAAUGAAUGUUCUUCUGAAACCUGCAAAAACGGCGGAUCAUGUACAGAUCUUGUGGCGGACUACAGUUGCACAUGUGUUGAUGGAUAUGAAGGAACCACUUGUGAAAUAGAUAUAAAUGAGUGUUCCCCAGAUCCGUGUCAAAAUGGCGGUUCUUGUGAAGAUCUUGUCGCCGAUUUCAACUGUGUUUGUGCCGCUGGAUAUGAGGGUUCCAUGUGCGAAAUUGAUAUCAAUGAAUGCUCUUCCAACCCAUGUAAGAAUGGCGGUACCUGUGAAGAUGACGUUGCGGGCUACAAAUGCAUCUGUUCCGCAGGAUAUGAGGGCUCCGUAUGUGAAACUGAUAUCAAUGAAUGUUCUUCUGAAACCUGCAAAAACGGCGGAUCUUGUACAGAUCUUGUGGCGGACUACAGUUGCACAUGUGUUGAUGGAUAUGAAGGAACCACUUGUGAAAUAGAUAUAAAUGAGUGUUCCCCAGAUCCGUGUCAAAAUGGCGGUUCUUGUGAAGAUCUUGUCGCCGAUUUCAACUGUGUUUGUGCCGCUGGAUAUGAGGGUUCCAUGUGCGAAAUUGAUAUCAAUGAAUGCUCUUCCAACCCAUGUAAGAAUGGCGGUACUUGUGAAGAUGACGUUGCGGGCUACAAAUGCAUCUGUUCCGCAGGAUAUGAGGGCUCCGUAUGUGAAACUGAUAUCAAUGAAUGUUCUUCUGAAACCUGCAAAAACGGCGGAUCAUGUACAGAUCUUGUGGCGGACUACAGUUGCACAUGUGUUGAUGGAUAUGAAGGAACCACUUGUGAAAUAGAUAUAAAUGAGUGUUCCCCAGAUCCGUGUCAAAAUGGCGGUUCUUGUGAAGAUCUUGUCGCCGAUUUCAACUGUGUUUGUGCCGCUGGACAUGAGGGUUCCAUGUGCGAAAUUGAUAUCAAUGAAUGCUCUUCCAACCCAUGUAAGAAUGGCGGUACCUGUGAAGAUGACGUUGCGGGCUACAAAUGCAUCUGUUCCGCAGGAUAUGAGGGCUCCGUAUGUGAAACUGAUAUCAAUGAAUGUUCUUCUGAAACCUGCAAAAACGGCGGAUCAUGUACAGAUCUUGUGGCGGACUACAGUUGCACAUGUGUUGAUGGAUAUGAAGGAACCACUUGUGAAAUAGAUAUAAAUGAGUGUUCCCCAGAUCCGUGUCAAAAUGGCGGUUCUUGUGAAGAUCUUGUCGCCGAUUUCAACUGUGUUUGUGCCGCUGGAUAUGAGGGUUCCAUGUGCGAAAUUGAUAUCAAUGAAUGCUCUUCCAACCCAUGUAAGAAUGGCGGUACCUGUGAAGAUGACGUUGCGGGCUACAAAUGCAUCUGUUCCGCAGGAUAUGAGGGCUCCGUAUGUGAAACUGAUAUCAAUGAAUGUUCUUCUGAAACCUGCAAAAACGGUGGAUCGUGUACAGAUCUUGUGGCGGACUACAGUUGCACAUGUGUUGAUGGAUAUGAAGGAACCACUUGUGAAAUAGAUAUAAAUGAGUGUUCCCCAGAUCCGUGUCAAAAUGGCGGUUCUUGUGAAAAUCUUGUCGCCGAUUUCAACUGUGUUUGUGCCGCUGGAUAUGAGGGUUCCAUGUGCGAAAUUGAUAUCAAUGAAUGCUCUUCCAACCCAUGUAAGAAUGGUGGUACCUGUGAAGAUGACGUUGCGGGCUACAAAUGCAUUUGUUCCGCAGGAUAUGAGGGCUCCGUAUGUGAAACUGAUAUCAAUGAAUGUUCUUCUGAACCUUGCAAAAACGGCGGAUCAUGUACAGAUCUUGUGGCGGACUACAGUUGUACAUGUGUUGAUGGAUAUGAAGGAACCACUUGUGAAAUAGAUAUUGAUAACUGUUUGUCAAACCCUUGUGAGAAUGGAGGAUCGUGUGUAGAUCUCAUUAAUUCAUAUACGUGCAUCUGUGUCGCUGGAUAUGAGGGUUAUAACUGUACAGCUGAUAUAGACGAAUGUUUGUCCGACCCGUGCAAGAAUGGCGCUACAUGUGAGGAUGAAGCAAAUGGUUACAGUUGUCAAUGCGCUGCUGGAUAUGAAGACACCGACUGUGGAACAGAUAUAGAUGAAUGUUUGUCCGACCCGUGCAAGAAUGGCGCUACAUGUGAAGAUGAAGUGAAUAACUACACAUGUCAAUGUGCAGCUGGAUAUGAAGGCUUUGACUGUGGAGUUGAUACAAACGAAUGUAUUUCCAACCCGUGCAAGCAUGGUGCUACAUGUGAAGACGAAGUAAAUGGUUACAGUUGUCAGUGUGCUGCUGGAUAUGAAGGCACCGAUUGUGAAAAUGAUACAGACGAAUGUUUGUCCAACCCGUGCAAGAAUAGCGCUACAUGUGAAGACAAAGUAAAUGGUUACGCCUGUCAAUGUGCUGCUGGAUAUGAAGGCGCCGGCUGUGAAACUGAAAAAAGUCUGACUACUUCUGAGAAACCAUUGCCAACGAUUGCACGAACACAACUCGUUAUGGUUCUUGCAGUCAAUGCAGAUAGUGUUGAUUUGACAGUCCAAACUGUUAACUAUACUUUUGCUAUUGAGCUGACGACAUUUUUUAAGCGGAAAAUGGGAGACAUGUUUAAGGAGAUAACGAUAUUUGAUAUAAGAUACGGAAGUGUGGUUGUUGAUUUUGAAAUAAGAUAUGAAAACGUUACAAGUGCAAAAAGUGAUUUGAUAAAAGCAACUCUGAAUCUCGUCAAUGGUGCUGAAACACUGAAACUUCUCAACGAGACAGUUUCAGCAAUAUCAAUCAAGAUUGACGACGUUACUGUCACAAAUGAAACAAUAGACAACGGGAAAAUACUUUGUGAAUUGUACCUAACAUUAAAUGGGCUAUGUCCGAAUGCCCAAGAGUGCUCAGUAGUGGAUGGAAACCGUACCUGCAUAUCAAAUGAAGCAAAAUCUGAUGUAACACUAGUUAUCGUUGUGGUCUGCUCGAUAGUUUCCGUUAUCAUUCUAGUGUCAAUUAUCUGUGUGUCUAUCCGUACAUACAGAAUGAAAGGGAAGUUGACACUAUCUAACUUGAAGCAAGGAUUUUCUUUUGCAUGGUUUGGUAAUAAAACUCGGCGACAACAUUCCAUUGGCGCUGAUGGAAACCAUAUGAGUGAUCGAACGCGUGCAUCUGUGGGUUCUUUCCGAAGUCUCGAAGAGUUAAGCGGUUCUACAGAUUACAGCUGUUAGACAAUCAGCAUAACUUGUACUGAAUGCCGAAAAGGAAUUGAACUAUAGAUAUGACUGUGUAGAGAUCUAAUUCUGAUCAGUACUGCAAUAUUGUCUUUUGCAGAAAAAGAAAACUUCUGUUACUGACAUCUAAAUAGGAGGCAAAAAUUACUUGUAUUCGAACUAAUCAUUGGUGUAUUUGUUCAUUAGGAUAAAUUUAUAGUACAUACCAAAAUAAGUAAAACUAAACGUAUUGAAAGAAUCAAAACCAUCAAAAUUCUUGAGAAACAAUCUGUUUGACCCAUUAAUCGAUACUGUUAUGGAAAAUGUCUUAAUAAUCUUGUGCUUGAUAAACAAAAUUCGUUUAAAAAUUAACCUUGUCUAAUAGUUUGUGGAAUAUAAAAUUACGUUAGUAUUUACAUUUCAAACAUGCACAAGUUAUCAUUAACAACGAAAAUAAAAGGCAUACAUAAAUAUUAAUGCAUAUAUAUAUAUGUAAAUUUACUUUACAUUUUACUAAGGUUACACGGAAUAAUGUACUAACUUUAUGUACUUGUAUUUAUAUUUUACAUUAUCACCUACUAAUUAUUAUAACCAGAAAAUAAUAAUCCAGUCUUACAUAGUAAGUUAUAUUCCAGUUUUACUUUAAUCUUUCACGGAACGAAGAAAAACCAUGAUCAACAAAUUGGCUAAUCGGCUUUUUAAUCCAAUUGUUAACUACAUUAGGCAUCAAGCCCGAACUUCAAUUUUCAGAUCAUUUGGAAGGAUAUGAUUGUGUAUACACAUCUCAAAACGUCUCUCAAUGACUGGCUUACAAAUCGUCAGUAGCAAGAUCAGAUUGAUAAGAUACACUGAUACAUUAGCAAUUCAUAUUCAAUGAUGUAUGAGUAUAUCCUUAAAAGUAUUUACCUCUAUUUCAUUAGCCCUCACAUUUAUAAUAAUGUAACAGUAAGUGCUCGAUUGUUACGCUUUGUAUGUCGAUAAAAUUUUGAACAUGUGUCAUAUGAAAUAUGAAAAAAAGCUUAGAAACAAAAUUAAUGUCUGAAAAGAAGCAACUUAAAUGUUAGUCAAAACUGCAAACAUAAAAAGAGAUUUAAGCAUCUAAACCAAUGUACAUUUGUUAUCAAAACAGCUUCAUUCGUGUUCAUGUUCUGACUACGUUUUUUAUCUUAAUUUUUUUUUUUUUGUUUUUUUUUUUUGUUGGUUUGUUUUUAUAUUAAGGUGUUUUUUACAUAUAUUACUUUAUGUAUACGUAUACACUAGAGAAUAUCAUCAAUCAUAUUUGUACUAACAGGCUGAAAUAUUUUGAGUUUAUUUGAUUCUCAAACGGAAUUUUGAAAUAGCAUACAGGAAACUGAAAAAUGCUAUGAGUUAAGAAUAUACAUCUAAUAAUUAUGCUAAAUACCGUGCAUACUGUUAUGCCGAGUUAUGUUGCGAUAACUUGUUCUUCCUUUUCUCUUUAAAAAGGGACAUAUUCGACGAAUCUAAAUUCAUUGCUACCGCCGUAGUUACAUACAUUGAUUAACCUACUAAAAAUAUAAAUACAUAUUCAAAAAGUAGUACCUGUACCUGCUUGAAUAUAUUUAUAUGAAUGGUAAAAUUUUAUCUAUUGUAACAUGAUUUUAUUACUCAGAGCAAAAGCACGAUUUUCAUAUCUUGACUGAUUUUCAUACUUCAACAUUUUUGUUUGAUUUUGUACAUAAUUGGCCGUAUACAGUAAUUUGAUUGGAUAUACAGCAGUGUUUGCUCAGAUCAUUAUUCAUUGUACAUUCCAAAAUCAAAAUGAAACUCUUUAUGUACAUUUUAACAUGGCAUAGUAAUACAAUUACUGGAAAAUUUAGAGAUCUACAUGUAGCAAAGCGACUGCACUCUGUCUGCAGUGAAUGAAAAAGGCAUACAUAAAUAUUAAUGCAUAUAUAUGUAAAUUUACUUUACAUUUUGCUAAGAUUGCACGGAAUAAUGUACUAACUUUAUGUACUUGCAUUUAUAUUUUACAUUAUCACCUACUAAUAAUUAUAACCAGAAAAAAAUAGUCCAUAGUAAGGUAUAUUCCAGUUUUACUUUAAUCUUUCACGGAACGAAGAAAAAACUUGAUCAACAAAUUGGCUAAUCGGCUUUUUAAUCCAGUUGUUAACUACAUUAGGCCUCAAGCCUUAACUUCAAUUUUCAGAUCAUCUGGAAGGACAUGAUUGUGUAUACACAUCUCAAAACGUCUUUCAAAGACUGGCUUACAAAUCGUCAGUAGGAACAUCAGAUUGAUAAGAUACACUGAUAUCAUUAGCAAUUCAUAUUCAAUGAUGUAUGAGUAUAUCUUUAAAAGUAUUUACCUCUAUUUCAUAAGCACUCACAUUUAUAAUAAUGUAACAGUAAGUGCUCGAUUGCUACGCUUUGUAUGUCGACAUUUUUUGUGCCAUAUGAAAUAUGAAAAAAAGCUUAGAAACAAAAAUUAAUGUCUUAAAAGAAGCAAUUAAAAUGUUAGUCAAAACUGCAAACAUAAAAAGAGAUUUAAGCAUCUAAACCAGUGUACAUUUGUUAUCAAAAUAGUUUCAUUCAUGUUCAUGUUCAGACUACACUCCACGUUUUUUUUUUUCUUGUUUUUUUUUUGUUCUUUUUUUUAUGUUUUUUUUUUAUAUUAAGGUGUUUUGUACAUAUAUCACUUUAUGUAUACAUAUACACUAGAGAAUAUCAUCAAUCAUAUUUGUACUAAUAGGCUGAAAUAUUUUGAGUUUAUUUGGUGCUCAAACGGAAUUUUGAAAUAUCAUACAAGAAACUGAAAAAUGCUAUGAGUUAAGAUAUACAUCUAAUAAUUAUGCUAAAUACCGUGCAGACUGUUAUGCCAAGUCAUGUUGCGAUAACUUGUUCUUCCUUUUCUCUUAAAAAAGGGACAUAUUCGACGAAUCUAAACUCAUUGCUACCGCCGUAGUUACCAUACAUUGAUUAACCUAAUCAAAAUAAAGUAUUAAAAAUAUAAAUACAUAUUCAAAAAGUAGUACCUGUACCGGCUUGAAUAUUUUUAUAUGAAGGGUAAAAUUUUAACUAUUGUAACAUGAUUUUAUUACUUAGAGCAAAAGCACGAUUUUCAUAUUUUGACUGAAUCUCAUACCUUAACAUUUUGUUUAUUUAUUUUAUACAUUAUUGGUCGUAUACAGUAAUUUGAUUGGAUAUAUAGCAGUGUUUCCAAAAUCAAAAUGAAACUCUUCCUGUACAUCUUAAUAUGAUAUAGUUUUACAUUUACUGGAAAAUUUAGAGAUCUACAUGUAGCCAAGCGACUGCUCUCUUUCUGCAGUGAGUGAGAGAAAAAUCUCGAAGUGUGACUGGUAAAAUUUGUACAUUACUUAAAAGUGCUCUAAGUUUUUGUGAAUUAUAGGCAAUACUAUUAAACUAUAUAAAAGUGCACAUUUAAAAUUUUCUAAUAAAUCAUGCCAGUUUUGUGCAAACUCGAUUAUUCUUUGCUAAACCUUGUAUGUCAGUAUUACCUACAUUAUGAUUUUAUCAGUCGUCAUAAAGCUUAAAGAACAUAUCAAACUUUUUAAAAGUGAAUAACAGUUUACAUUCCUUUUAGCAUUUUCUAAGUCUUAUUUAAAAGCACAAACGUUAUCUGUCGUACUAAUGUUUGGUCCGAACCCAGCCUAGAUCUAUAUACAUUAUAGAUUUCGGCCAAAUAUCAAGUCUAUCAUUUGAUAUACACGUAGGCAAGUUACAAAUACAACUGUAAACAUGUAGUUCCACGAUAAUUGUAUAUAUCAUUUAUCCGUUGAAUGGAACCUUGUAUCUAUCUGACUAUUUGUCUGGAAAAUAUUAAAUGUCAAGCAUUUUGUCAGGCAUUGUAUAUAAAACAGGUUUUACCAUAACAAAGAACUCCUUUAUCAUACAAGCUGGACAAGCAAAUUCAUUUAUUCUUUUCAGUUUUAUAAGUAAGUCCAUUUUAGUUCUUUUCCACACAUGUUUUGAUGUAUUUCUUCAAACGUAACUUUUAUCACUGUUUUCAUAUUGCUCAUUGAAAUGUAUAAUAUUUUCAAAUACAUACCUAUCAGUAUGAUAACUUAGUUUAAAAUAAUUAAGAAAUAAUCAGCCCCCGACAUUCAUUUGCCGUUGAAUAAGAUCAUUUCUGAAGUUUUAAUGCGAAGGAAUUAUAUCACGAGGGCGCAGCCUGAGUGAUAUAAUGAUACGCAUCUAAACGACAAAUAGUGAUUAUAUUUAAGCGCAAACACUGUUUGAGAUACUUUUAAGAUUCUAACACGUUGUCAUGGAUCAUUAUGUAUAUCCUUGCCAAUAUCCGUCAAAUAUUGCCUAAUUUCUGUUGAUUUUCUUCCAGCGCUGUUAUGCCUUUUAACGCUAUGACAUAAUAAUUGUCACGUCAGAAAAAAUAAUUGUUUUUAAUAACACAGUUUUCAGCCUUAUUUGUAUAAUAGAAAACUGUAACGGGUCGUGUUAGAAUUUCCGAUAUAUUAUCUGUCGUAGUACCAGCAGUAAAUUUAGACAUAUAUCUUGUUCGAUACAUUCGUGAAUUCUUAAACAUUCAUAACAGUUGAAGAUUUUUCUUUGUCAUCAUCAUCAUUAUCAUAUUGACAUUUUCAGAUAAUGUCUAGCUUUUAACAUAUUUUGCUAUAUAAACAUAUAUGUUUUUCUCUUUAUAUAUAAUUUGUCAUUGAUCAUAACAAUAAAUUUUCUUCUUAAAAU